GAUUUUAUUCGUGACUUUCUCUCUCAAUUUCUUUUCUUCUUGCGAUUUCGUGCUGUGAGGAUCAUAUUUAUUUCUUUCACAUUUUUCCUUCUCAUUUCUCAAUCGAAAAAAUCAAGUGCUUUUAUUUAUUAAAAUUGAGAAAUGUUUACAGAGUUUGAAAGUUUACGCUUGCACCAAAGUUUAGUGCGAAUGUAAUUUGCCCUUUGCUUCUUCUAAAUAAUAAAGAUUUAUUGCCGAGUUGAAACGCAAGAAUUUGAAGGAGAAAAUGGCACUUUCGUUUGAGUCGAUAAUGCUUUUGGUGGUUGUCGCCUUGUUCUGGGGGACAACAAAUCCUUUUAUGAAAAAAGGAGCAGUUGGCAUCGAGAGAAUCAAAGCCUCUUCUCGGUUCAAGCAACUCCUUCAAGAAACUUUGUUUCUUUUUACUAAUUUCAAGUAUUUGGCACCAUUUGUAAUAAAUCAAAUUGGCUCUGUGGUUUAUUAUUUCACUCUACAAACAACAGACUUAUCGUUGGCUAUUCCGGUCUCGAAUUCGCUAACGUUUCUGAUUACGGCGUUGACCGGAAGAUUAUUAGGCGAAGGAAAUAUUCACAGAAAUACUUACAUUGGAAUGCUGUUUAUUCUCUUCGGAACAACAUUAUGCUGCUACGACAAAAUUGGCGUUGCAGGAACAAAAUUGGAAUAAUUUACAAUCAGGUAUUUAAAAGAGAGAAAAUCAAAUCUCUAAAAAUAAAAAAUAUAAAAAAGAUGAACUUAAUCGAAGUUCUAAUUUUUUGCUCUGUAUAUUGAACAUUUUCUACGAUUUUCCUAUUAUUAAUUAAUUAAUAAUUUUGUAAUUUUAUAAUUCUAAAAUUCAUAACUCGUAAAUUUUACUGGUUCUUCAAUUUAAAAAAAGCUCAUUGAGACAAAAGGAUUCAUUUUUUUAAUUCUACCUUCUGGUGGAAGUGAUUUACAAUCUUUCAUGCAA